AUGAGCGACGACGGGGGGUUCGUCCCGAGCGAUAUCGAGAUGGAAGACAUCGAGGACGAGAUCUCCAUCGCGCAGUCCUCCGCGGAAUGGUCGCGCGCGGACCCUUCCCCGCGGUCGACCGCGCCGCCGUCGCCGAUGCCGAGCUACAACCCGACGGUGUUCUCCCCUCCCGCGGCGAAUAAGGCGUCGUCGUCGGAGCGACCGUCGUCGGCGUCGCGGACGUCGACGUCGUCGCAGCCGGGCUGGCGCGCGCCGGAGCCGCGGGCGCCCGCGCCGCUUCCGAUGCCGCCCGCCAACGGCGUCGCGUCGCUGAGACCCAUCGGCGUCGGCGGCGUCGGCGGCGCGUCGUCGCUUCCGCCGCUGGGAGCGGGAGCGCCCGCGCCCGCGUCUCGCGCGGCGGGAGCGGCGUCGCUCCCGCCGCCGCCAUCCCUGAACGGCUUCGGCGCGGCGGCGCCAGCGAAAGCGCCGCCCGCGACGAUCCCGACGAGCCUCUUCCCGCGCGUCGCGCCGCCGCGGUCCCGAUCUAUAAUCGACGCGCCCGCGCCGCGCCGCGCCGCGCCGGCGGCGACGGCGCGGAGAGAACAGAAGGAAACCGCCGCCGCCGCGACGAGGGCGAAGACGACGAAACCGCCGCAUCCUAACCCGGUCAUCGCGCGGCAGAUGGCGCUCUCCGCGCGCAGACGCGAGGCGUUCCUCAACGCGGACAAGAUGGUGAGCAAACCGAUCAUCGCGCCGGCGGGCCGCGGCGGCGGAGGAGGAUCCGAGAGGACGACGACGACGACGCGGCGCGGGCUCGGCGGCGGCGGCGGGUACGACCCCGUGGGAGCCGCGCCGGCGAUGCGACGACCCGCGGCGUCAGGCGCGGGCGCGGGAGCGAAGAAGAACCCGUCGUCGUCGUCGCACGUCGUGGGCACGUCGCGACGGACCGUGGAGGUUGACCUCGUCACCGCGCUUCCCGCGACGACGGCGGCGAGAAAGCCGCGGACGAAGGACGCCGCCGACGACCCGCCGCGCCCGAGGGCGACCGUCCGCGUCGUCGCGCCCCGCGACGACGCCGCGGGGAGGUCGCAGUCGCGGUACAAGUCCCUCCCCGCGCACCAGACGUACAACUGGUACAAAUACUACGGGUUCGCGGGCCAGGGCGCGAAGACGUCGUGGGGGUACAACCCGAAGCGGGCGGACAUCCAGGAAAAGUACGGCGCGGUGAGGACGCCGAGCGAGAGGCGCUGGCCGACGGAGGCGUGAGCGCGCGCGCGUGGACGGUGAGCGAUGAGUGACGAUGAUGAUACAGUACAGUAUUCUUCAUCUGUCCGACCGUGCCCUUUGUAAUAGUAUUAAAGAAUGAAUGGUCC